AUGGCCGAGGCGAAGGCGCGCAAGACGCUGGGCGCCGUGGAGUACGUGGAGGCGUGCGGCUUCGCGCCCGGCCUGCUGCCCACGCGCAAGGACGUGGUGCAGAACAUGCUCUACCUGCUGCAGCCCAAGCGCGCCGGGCAGGCGCAGCGCUCCAAGGAGGGCGCCGCGCAGCUGCUCGCCGAGCACCUGCAGGAGCACUGGCUGCUCUGCAACCUGCACACCAUCGCCACCAAGAGCAUCAAGAAGAUCAUCCUCAAGAUGUACGAGGAGUUCACCAAGCUCUACCAGACGCGCAAGCAGAGGCAGAACCAGGCGUUCUCGGAGCGGGCGGGCAGGUUCAACGAGAGCUCCGAGAAGCUCUUCGACAUCUUCUGCGCGGACGCGCUGAUGAGAAAUAAGCUGGAGGAGUACAGCGGCAUAAAAAUGACUGUCACCGAGUGGAAGUUUCUCGAAGAUCAGAGAGGCGAAAGAAAAAUCUCCUAUGAAGACUGCACCGACAAACAAGAACUGAAGCUGAUGGAGAGAAGGCGAAAGAUCCAGUGCUUAGAGCACUUCAGAAAGCUUGCCAAGGAGGAGAAGGAGGGAAGCAAAGCCAAGGAGAGGACGUACAGGAGCGACGAGCAGUCGGACGAAGGCACGAGCGUGGACGAAUCCUGCCCGGCGGAGGAGGAGAACGGAGGGGCUCCGGCCUUUUCGCUGAGGGGGAGGCGAAAGCGCCGCUGUACCGCGUGGUCUGCUGGCGCCACGGCUUCCGACGGCAGCUCCGUGCCCCUGGAGUGCCAGCAUAUACGGAUGAGCAUACGGAGAGUUAGGCCUGGCUUCUACGAGACUGUGGACAAGGUGAAAAACUGCUAGCGUAUGCCRACGGCAGCGAGCCGAGCUGCUGGAGUAGCAGGUGGCAAUACACACUUGAGGCAAGUUUGAAACCCCACAAUCAAUUGGAAGUGAUUGCUGUAGAUCCCCAGGCAACACUCGGGAAUGUCCUGUCUCCAGGGGCGAGCGCCAGGAGGGCGGCAGCAGCGAGGACGAAGACACGCGAACGUGGAAGGGCAAGUUGUCAUCAGCUCAUGACCUGAAGGCUCAAGCACGGCAGAUGAUCCGAGGUUAUGUGGCACAUAAGCCUCUUCGCCCGCAGUCCUGGCUAUAGGAAUGUGUUUUUAGAAGUCUCUCACCAUUUCGGAGCCAGUAGGAGCCUAAUCCUGUAAAACAGGACUCUCAUUUACUGCGGGGAAAUAACUUGGACUUGUCUACAAUGUAAAAUUCACGCGCUGAAUUUUACUCCCCUUAAUCCUACAGGGAGUGCAGGAUGUUCAGCCCCUCCCAGAAUUUGGCACUUCUGUGAAGRAGAAAGCUAUUUUUUUAGCUUGUAUUACCCAGUCCUAGACAUGCAGUCUGUGAUUUUGUUAACAGAUUGCUCUCUUGCUUGAGGAGAGAGAGACAGAGAGAUGAGAUGAGAAAUUUUUCAGUACUUUGGUUUUAAAAGUGUUGGUGAUUCCGAAUGUUUUAUUCUACACAGUAACAUUUCAUUGAUCAGGACAAACCUUCCCAUAAUUUCAUGAUCCUUAACAUGAAAUCACUAAUCCAGGGAGUGAUAGGAGUGAGCCCCACAUGAAGCGCUCGUGUUCCACCUGCUGCAGGGGCAGGAUGGAUGGAGCGAUGCCAGCUCCACUGUGUGUUCUGGGGUGAGAAGAACUCGAUAAGCUCUUGCCCUGCCUUCUUGGGAUAUUGGGAGGAAAAAGCCUUCCCAAGAAUGCGUAGCUGAGGUGUUUGCAGCAAGAAGCUUCUAAACCUGGGCUUGUUUUUCCAUCCCACAUAGGUCCGUUCAGACAGCAGGGUAAAGAAGAUAGUUUUGCACUAGGAGUUUGUUUGAAAAAGGAUAACAAUCCUCUCACCCUCCUGUUUGCCCAAGAAGUGGCCUGUGACUUUAGAUUACACGCAGCGUGAGGGUAGCUGCUGUUUUCAGUUAGACUCGCUUUACUGGUUUUUAAAGAUGAGAGACUUGAACUUCCUGUGAAACCCAGUGCUGGAUAUCCGGUGAACUUCCCAAACCUCGCCAAAAUCCGCUCAAAAUGAAUAAGCAAAGCUCUGAGUGUCCAGAGAAGUGCUUUGGUAGAAGGAGCUCAAACUUGCCUAGUUUUCAGAUUUACCUUCCAGUGUGAACGUUGUUUUUCCCCACUCCAGUAUCUCAGCUGCUCCCUGUUCCUCCGCUCUAAACACCCUGCGUAUCAUUUUACUGACAUUUACUUGUGCUGUUUCAUUCUCUGUCUUUUGCUCCCUUUAACAAUAAAUGCAUGUACAAAUAAUUUUGACAGCUCCUGUAGCUUUAAUGAAUCACUUUGUGGACCGCUUUGACGUCCUAUGCCAAAGGAGGAAUGAAACACAAAGUAGCUGCCCUGCAAACUGAGGCAAAGCAGCAAGAGCGAGCACAGGGGAAGGCAGAUUCCCCCGUGUGCCAUCCCUCCUCCAAGGACUGAUCUGUCCAGCCUUGAGGGAAUUUGCAGCUUCCCAGCAAUCUUGCUCCGAAGUGACUGCUGGGAUCCACAAUGUGUGUCAUUGGGAAGCUCUCGAGGGUAAGUUGCUCCAAAAUAUUUAGUGCAUUCUGCGUCACUCUUACUUAGUGUCAUUGCAGGUGUGAUAACCCACACCCGUGGUCUGCAGCACCCUCCGGCUGCCUCCUCUCUCUGACGUGCUCCUCUGGCUCCCCCAUGCAAGCAAUGUCAUGUGUGAACUAUCUGCC